GGCAGCCCCAAAACUCACGAAACCUAUAGAAAGCCAAAGUUUUCUCGAAAACGGUGUAAGAUUUUAUAUGUACGUGUACCCAUUAGAGUUUAUAAGGUAUUCUAACUAAGCCUAUUUAUUGUUGCACUAGGAUUUCGUAUACAACAGGGCCUCUGUGCGCGCCAAUUAGUCUCACCCGAAAAUGCACCAAAACGGCGUCGUUGUGCUGGACAACGGCGGCGGCCUAAUCAAAGCCGGGUACGGCGGCGAGCGCGACCCCGCCGCCAUAAUCCCCAACUGCGUCUACCGCCCUCUCUCCUCCAAGAAAUGGCUCACCCCUUCCCCCACCGACCCCAUCGACCUCACCUCCGCCGCCGUCCGCCGCCCCAUCGACCGCGGCUACCUUAUCAACCCGGACCUCCAGCGCGAGAUCUGGGCCCACCUCUUCUCCCAAGUCCUCCGGGUCAACCCGGCCCAAUCCUCCCUCCUCCUAACCGAGCCCCUCUUCACCCUCCCCUCCAUCCAACGCGCCGCCGACGAGCUCGUCUUCGAGGACUUCAACUUCGCCGCCCUCUACGUGGCCCACGCGCCGUCGCUGGCCCACCUCUACGAGGCCAGCCGCCGGCCCGUUAAGGCCCAAUGCAGCCUCGUCGUCGAUUGUGGAUUCUCGUUCACCCACGCCGUCCCGGUCUUCCAGAACUUUCCGAUCAACUACGCCGCGAAGAGAAUUGACCUCGGGGGAAAGGCGUUGACCAAUUACCUCAAGGAGCUCGUUUCGUACCGCUCUGUGAAUGUUAUGGACGAAACGUUUCUUAUUGACGAUGUGAAGGAGAAGCUCUGCUUUGUCUCCAUGAAUGUGACUCGUGACCUCCAGAUUGCAAAGAAGCAUGGAAAGGACAAUGCUUUCAGGUGCACAUAUGUGUUGCCUGAUGGUGUUACGCAUACACAAGGGUAUGUUAAAAACCCAGAAGAAGCAAAGAGGUACUUGGCCAUAGGAGAUAGUGAUUCGCUACAAGAAGUGGCCAAGAAGAUGGAUGUGAAUCGGGUUGAAGUUGUGGACAAGUUGGAGGAGCGAAAGAAGAUUGAUUUGAGCAAGAAUGAAUUCGACUUGACAAAUGAAAGGUUCCUUGUGCCGGAGAUGAUCUUCCAUCCUGCUGAUUUGGGAAUGAAUCAGGCUGGACUAGCAGAAUGCAUUGUUCGAGCUGUCAGUUCAUGCCAUCCUCAUCUUCACCCUGUACUGUAUGAAAGCAUUAUUUUAACUGGCGGAAGCACAUUGUUUCCUCGACUUGCUGAUAGACUAGAGAGAGAGCUGCGGCCUCUUGUUCCUGAUGACUAUCAAGUGAAGAUAACUCCCCAAGAAGACCCCAUACUAGGUGUUUGGCGAGGGGGAUCAGUUUUGGCAUCAAGUCCUGAUUUUGAAGCAAUGUGUGUUACCAAGGCUGAGUAUGAGGAGCUUGGAUCUGCUCGAUGUCGGAAGAGAUUCUUUUAAUGGGUACAAGCAGUUUUGGAGGCAAGUCCAUGAGGGAAGAUUUAGCCGAGUAGCAUCUACAACGUCUGUUGUCACCACUGAAGAAGCUUGCGAAAUGGAAGUGUGAUUACCUCGUUACUUAUCAAUAUGAUUAUGAAAUGCUUUGUUCUGCCUUCCCUCGUCCCUUUUUGAUAGCCAUCCCGAGGGAGAGAUUUUCUACCCCUUUGAUUGACAUUCCAGCCCUGCCUAUAUAACGAACAAAUGUGGAAUGAGUGAAUUCAAGAAAAAGUUUCACAAGACUAGAUCUGCAUUACAGCGUCUUCUCAAUCAAAAUGUGGGUGUUUCAUUACAGCAUGGAGAACACUCUUAUCAAUUCUCUUUGAGCAUGGAUUUUCAUAUGCUCUAUCUGAAUGAGAAAUCAUGUUGAUUUUCAAUUCAUCACAAUCAUUGUCGUGAAAGGGAGAUGCGGUGGAUGCUUAAAACAUUUUUCACAUUAGUGGGCGCUACAAGUGUGUUUGAGAUAUUUCCUCUGUUUUUGUAAAGUGCAGUAGUUGCUGCUAUUGAAACGAUUUCAAGCCACUUUGUAGAUAUCCCAUUUUAUCAAGCAGAUCAAUGGUAUGUAAAUGAUGAAUGUAGUGUUUUCAGAGAGAAAUAGAAGUUGUGAAUUUGCGAUCCAU